CAAGUGGGAACUCAUGAGAAAUUAAUAUGUUUUAAAAAAAAAAUAACUGAGAAAAUACAUCAAUCGAAUCUAGUUGUCGGAGCUUUAGUAUUUCAGAAAAUUUCGAGUCCCCUUUUAUUAUGGCGCCGGAAAGACUGACUCCGGUUCACUCGGGUGAACCGGAUGUAACUGCGAUUGAGUUUGGGCCGGGCCAAGGAAAUGGGGCGUCGCGUCGGGUUUGGCUUUGGCUGCCGUCGUCACUGUGCAGGUAUUUCAAUUUCGCUACUCUCAGAGAGAGAGAGAGAGAGAGAGAGAGAGAGCGCGAGAGCGGAAUCCCAAGAGCUCAUGGAAGAAGGAAUGCCCAAAGACGAGGUGGAGGAGGAAGAAGAAGGACCGCCUCCAGGAUGGGAGUCCAGACCCACUCCGCCAUUGCCAACAUCACCUCGCUCCGCGAGAAACAACACCGGCGUGGCCAUGAAAGUGGAGGAAGAAGAACAGAAGGAACAACCGAAUGAAGCCGAAGAGAGGGAACAAGCAGACGGUCCACCUCCCGGUUGGGAAGCCGCUGCUUGUCCGUCGAUCGGAUCGCAAAGCGAGGGGAUGGAAACCGAACCAGUUGGGUAUGUGGAAGAAGAGAGGGCGGUGGGAGAAGAGGAAGAGGACGGUCCGCCUCCUGGUUGGGAAGCCAGUGCUCGUCCCUGGGUCGAAUCGGGAAGCGAGCGGAUCGACAGCAAAGCAGUGGCGGAAGGAGGAAGAGCGACGGAAGAGAGAGCGAAGGAGGAAGUGGACGGUCCGCCUCCUGGUUGGGGAAUCGAUCCUCAUUGUCCGAUCGAGCCACCAAGUGAGAGAAUGGUGAAGAGCGAGGAAAUCGAGGAAGUGGAGGAGGACGGUCCGCCAACUGGUUGGGGAAUAGAUCCUCAUUGUUCGGUCGAGCCGCGUGGUGAGAGAAUUGACAGCGAAGAAGCCGCGCAAGAGAACGCGAUAGGAGAGAAAGCGAAGAAAGAAGAGGUGGAGGAGGACGGUCCGCCUCCUGGUUGGGGAAUCGAUCCUCAUUCUUCGCUCGAGCCGCAAAGUGAGAGAAUUGAGAGCGAAGAAGCCGCGGAAGAAAAUGGGAUAGGAGAGAAAGCGAAGGAAGAAGAAAUGGAGGAGGACGGUCCGCCUCCUGGUUGGGGAAGCGUUCCUCAUCGCUCAAUCAAACCGGGGAGCGAGGGUAUGAGAAGUGAACGAGUUGUGGAAGAAGAGCGAGAGGGCGAUGACGCACCUCCUGGUUGGGAACCGGUGCCGGCGGAGGCCGCCUCUAAGUCGCCACAGCCAGCGCUGUCCACGUUAAUGCCGUCAGCCCAGCAGCCUCGUAGCCGUACCUUAGAAAUGGCUCAAAUGGUUUGUGGUUCCUGCCAAAGAUUGCUUUCAUAUCAGCCAGGAGCCAAAUAUGUCCAAUGCUUAUGCUGCAAGACAAUUAACUUCGUGUUGGAAGAGCAUCAGGUUGGACAAGUCAAGUGUAGUACUUGUGCGAUGUUGCUUAUGUACCCAUGUGGCGCUCCAGCAGUCAAGUGUUCCGCCUGCCGUUCUGUGACAGAAAUUGGGGAGCACAACAAAAGGCCUCCAUGGUCCGUACAGCAGGGGAAACUUCCCCCUCCCAGUUCAGUCGCUUUAUGAGCUCACACAGAUCUUCACUUCGGCAGAUGUUAACAUCCCCGAGAAACGAAGGCAAAUUCUUUGCAUCUGCACUAACCCCGCGCACGUGUUUCGGACUCCAUUUCUUGUCCGCAUUUUGCUGCCUCUAACCAAAUGCUCUCCGGGAACUCGAAAGGUCCCUGUAGCCAGAUCUGCAGUCUCAGAGGAUAUCAGUCAGAGAUUCUUGUCGUGCGAGAUGUUUUUGCUGCUUCCUACAAGUCAUUUAAGCAGCGAUUAGUAGAACGAGUCAGUCCCUUAAGUACAUGCGGAUGUUUUAGUUCUUGCCUGACUAAUCUCAGACUUUUACCCUGAGAAUAACUUCUGCACCGGAGUAA